CGAACUCACACAUGGACACCCCAACUCCCCAAGUCCCAACCCACACUCCCCAGCUUAAACUCUGGAGUUCUCUGCUACGUGUAAGCGUGUUCUCGCUGCGCUGUUCAUUGCGCUCCAUCUUUCCAGUGGAGCGCAGCACACGUACAGCAGAAGCCAGCAAUGGACGUGGUGGUGUCCGCAGUGGCCGCCGACCUCGUCGGCCGGCUGAUCGCUUUCCUCGUCAGGAAGUACCAGGAGCCCGGCGCCGCCGAGGACGCCGCCAGGCUGCGGCGCGCGCUGCUGCGCGCCGGCGCCGUCGUCGAGGAGGCCGAGGGGCGGCAGAUCGCCAACCGUGCGGUGCUGCUGCAGCUCGACCAACUGAGGCGCGAGAUGUGCCGAGGCGCCUACGAGCUCGACGUCGACGCCCUCAGGCGGCGAGCCGGGGAUCCCAGAAAGAGGCACGCCACGGCGGAGAGGAGAACGUUCAGCCGCCUGCGUCUGGGCACGGGCGGCGGCCUCUCCGCGGUUGUUGAAAGCCUGGAGGCCGCGCUGUGCGACAUGAGGGAGCUCGUCGUGCUCUUUGGCUGCUGCCCCCGGGUCGCCCGGCAGCCGUACAGCGCCUACCUGCUCAUGGAGAGCUGCAUGUUUGGGCGGCAGGUGGAGAAGGAGCAGAUCAUCGGCUUCCUGCUGCAACCUUCUCAAGAUCUGGAUGUGCUCCCGAUCGUAGGCCCUCGUGAGGUCGGCAAGCGGACGUUGGUCGAGCAUGUCUGUCUCGAUGAGAGGGUGAGGAAACACUUCGCCAAGAUUCAUCGUCUUGAUCUACGGAGCUAUGACCUUGAGCAUCAUCAUCUCAGCUUGAUCGACGGCACCGAGAGGUCCUUGAUCGUGGCCGACCUCGCCGGCGGCGGCGCGGGCGAGGAGGAAGAGCGAUGGAGAAGGUUCCACGCGUCCGUCCGCCGCCGCGCGCACGGGGGGAGCAAGAUUAUCCUCAUCAGCAGGGCGGGCGCGCACGCGGGCCUGGGCACCGCGCCGCCGCUCCGGCUGCGCGCGCCGCGCCGGGAGGAGCUCUGGUACUUCUUCCGGGCGCUCGCGUUCGGCGGCGCGGACCCGGAGGGGCGCCCGGAGCUGCUGCGCGUCGCCAUGGCCCUGUUCGCUGGCAUCCACGACCCCGUGACGUUCGCGGCGGCAGGCACAAUCGCCGCAUCGCUGCGCGCCGACCUGAGCGCGCGGUCCUGGCGCCGCGUGCUGGGCGUGUUCGCCGGGGCGACGGACCGGUGCGGGGUUUUCCUGUGCAGGCCGGUGAAGGACUCGCCCGGCGUCCCGUGCGCGUUCCGCGACAGGCGCAAGUCGACGGGCGCGGCCACGGCGCGGAGCGAGCUCCCCGGCGUGACGAUGCUGGACCUGGUGACCGGAGGCGCCGUGCUCCCGGUCCCCGGCGGAGGGACGCGGUUCGACGUGCUGGUGUGGCGGUCUCGCAUCCCUCCGUACACGAGCUACGUCGCGACGUGCGACGUUGGGAGAUCUCGGCAGGUGGUGGCCGUCGAGAAGAAGCGAGCUCGUAAGAGGAGGAGAGGCCAACAAGGCGAGGAAAGAGAUGAGUUGGACGAGCUGAUGACUAGUUACGAAGCUCACUAGUAGGAAACCGAGCUAUGUAGAAGAACCAUCUUGUCAGCCGGGAGAGGAUAUUUGCGGCCAUGAACGACCCUUUGAGCUCGCUCACCAGGUCCAUCAGUCCAUGGCGAUGGACGCGAGCUCCGGGUGCUCCGCCGGGUCAGCGCGCACUGCCAAAUGUGAGAAGCUUGAAGAAAUGCCAGUAUAUCCGUCUUUGUGCGGAGUUGCCAGCCUCAGUUCUCGCCCUGUUCCUAGAGUUGAGACCUGCUCCGUCGGGCUGAUGGCGAUGAUAGAUCUUGCUGCCUGGAGCUAGCUGUUGGAGUGUUGGUAUUGCCGGCAGUGCGCCUCUAGAAGGGGUCAAGAACGUAGCAUGCCGCGUCUCGGCAUCCUCGACGAUGGCACGGGCACGCAGGAGCAGCCGGCCGGUGCCCCGGCGCAGCCUCGCCAGGUUGCUGGCGGCAGUGUGCUUCUGGUACGUGGCGAUGAGGAAGGACAGGCACCGGCCGAUGAGAUGGCUGACCACCUCACGGGCCAGGAAGUCUCCACGCCAGUCAUCCAUUCCGAAGGUGGAGGUCCAGGUCAAGGGUCAACCCCUGAGACAGCACGGUAGUGACUGUCUCUGUGCUUUCCCAUCGAAGCAAGCGGCCAGUCGUCACAGUCAUCACUCGUCAAGUCGUAUACACUGGCAGACGAGCCGUCAAAGAAAUCAAUUGAAAAUAUUAUGAACGUAAAGAGGCUCAGCCUAGAACUUGUUGACUGUUUGUUCUUUAAAAAAAGAACACGCCCCAAACUUGAAUAGGAACACAAAAUUUCCCAAGGGCCAAAGGGAUCAGGGGUUGUUACGACUUGGAUUGCUGGAUUUGGGAAGAAGGGGGAAAGAGUGUUGGUAUUGGGUGGGAUUGAGAUGGAAAUUUAGUUCAUCUUCCAAUAAUGGUGACAUGCCCGCUGAUAAUGAGACACUUGUGGUGACUUCGUUAAUCUCAG